AUGAUCUUACAGAACACAUUUAUAAAAGCGACGCGCGACCACGGAUUCAAGUGCGUACGCGUGUGGCGCGGUUGGUUCUUAAUUCUCGAAAGUAGGGAUUUAAAUUUUGAAGGAACAUUCCUGCUAUUAUUAUAUUUGAAGAUAGGCCAUGCGUGUGUCUCUUUGCCCUGUGUGUUAUUAGUAAGCAGCACAUUUCGUCCUAAUCUCAUAGAUCUAGAAUAUUGGUAUCUGUCAUAAGUCACUUAAUUCAGUAUAAAUGAGGGAUACAGGCAGAGCCUUGGACCAAUAUGACCAAUUUAAAGUUAAUUUCCACACGUUACAUUGCCAUAAUGACUUUGAACUUCAUAUCGGCCCAUUAGAUAAGAUACUUCAUUCAUUGUGGAUCUAGCCAAUAAAUUUCAGGAUUAGUACUAAUCAUGAAUUCAUUCGGCGUAUAUUUUUAUCUGAAAUUUGCCUCACGGUUUAAUUAUGCGUUGCUGGAGUAUGUGUGAGCCACAUGACUGAAAGAGUUGCAAGGCCCAGUUCGCAUAUAACAGCCGCCAAAAUUAUCUAUAACUGAAUAGUCGCAUUCCCUUCAUAACUCAGAGAUGCACUUAUUUUCAAGCGAGUAUAGUACCAGAAACACCUGCACAUUACAAAAUGUCACUCGAUACGUGCCAUUUGGGUGUUUAUAUUGUGCAUGAAUACAAUUUUUGUCAGUGUAGUCAAUGGACACUUGUCUACUGUUGCUUUACAUCCCGUUAUUCCACCUGAUUUAAACCAAAUUGCUUGCUUCUUCAUACCGAGGAGCAAAAGAAGGUCAUGCAAAUCUUAACUGGUUGGGCAGUUUUUUUUCUAGCAGAUCUUUAACACGAUUGUUUGCUUUCAAGUUGUUUCGGGGAUAAACUAAAUAGUUUUUGCGCUCGUUAUAAGUUUUACUUUGUUCAGUCCUUCGAUGGACCAUAUAAGUAUUUCUUUUUUUAGAAAAUGCGGGCCAACUCAAUGUUCUAUGUGCUCUCUUUACUGGUCGGUCUCGUCCAAUUUGUGGUUCCCAGCUGUGUUAUGCGCGGCGCCUGCGACACAUCGUUGCAACUUAUGUGCUAUAA